GAAAUGUCCGCUUGCCAGCUUUGAGCACAACGACUCUGUAUAGCGCCGGCUUCCAACAACGGAAUAGAGACUAUCAUGCGUCGUUUAACAACUAGAGCCGUUACCCCGGCUAAGCGCCUCACACGCACCCCACGCUCACUUUCAAGGGCACUUUCAUCUCAAAUUGAAACCCAAGCUAAGGACCCCUCUGAACUCGAUCAAGUAACAGAACUCUCCAAUGGCCUACGUGUAGCCACCGAGUCCUUACCGGGCCCCUUCGCCGGUGUAGGCGUAUAUGUCGAUGCAGGCUCGCGCUACGAGAACGAGAGCCUUCGCGGCGUCAGCCACAUCAUCGACAGACUAGCCUUCAAAUCGACCUCGCAGCGGACGGCUGACCAGAUGGUCGAGGCGCUCGAGCGCCUGGGCGGGAACAUCCAGUGCGCGUCCGCGCGCGAGUCGCUCAUGUACCAGUCCGCCAGCUUCAACUCGGCCGUGCCGACGACGCUGGCGCUGCUGGCGGAGACGAUCCGCGACCCCCUGAUUACGGAGGAGGAGGUGCAGCAGCAGCUGGAGGUGGCGGAUUAUGAGAUCACGGAGCUCUGGGCGAAGCCGGAGAUGAUCCUGCCGGAGCUGGUGAAUAUUGCUGCUUAUCGGAAUAAUACGUUGGGGAAUCCGUUGUUGUGUCCGCGCGAGCGGCUAGGGGAUAUUAAUCGCGGUGUGGUGCAGAGGUAUCGAGAGACGUUUUAUAAGCCGGAGCGGAUGGUGGUGGCUUUUGCGGGGGUUGCGCAUGAGGAGGCGGUGAGGUUGACGGAGAAGUACUUUGGGGAUAUGAAACGGGGUAAACGUGGGCUAUUUGGGCCGGGAUCGGCAACGACGCUGGCCGAAGAGGAAUUGCGUUCGUUACCAUCCUUCUCGCCGUCUUCGACGACUUCAACGAUCUCCGCAAACUUGUCAUCCAUCCCGUCACCUCCCCCUCCAUCAACUCCUACAUCCAGCUCCAAGGCCACCAAUGGCGGCCUCCUCUCCCACAUCCCUUUCCUCAAACACCUCUCAACCUCCUCCUCCCACAGCGCCUCCGUCACCCCCCUCGACACCUCCCUUCUCCACCCAUCCACCCUCGACCUCCAUCGCCCUUCCCACUACACAGGCGGCUACCUCGACCUUCCCCCGAUCCCCCCACCCGCAAACCCCACACAUCCACGCCUCAGCCACAUCCACAUCGCCUUCGAAGCUCUCCCCAUCUCUUCUCCAGACAUCUACGCCCUCGCCACCCUGCAAACCCUACUAGGCGGCGGCGGCUCGUUCUCCGCCGGCGGGCCGGGCAAGGGCAUGUACUCCCGCCUCUACACCAACGUCCUCAACCAGCACGGCUGGGUCGAGAGCUGCAUGGCCUUCAACCUCAGCUACACCGACAGCGGCCUCUUCGGCAUCUCCGCCUCCUGCGUCCCGUCCCGCGUCACAGCGAUGGUCGAGGUGAUCUGCAAGGAACUGCACGCGCUGACGACAGACUCGCGCUUCUUCGCCCUACAGCCCGCCGAGGUCAACCGGGCCAAGAACCAGCUGCGCUCCGCGCUCCUAAUGAAUUUGGAGUCGCGCAUGGUGGAGCUGGAGGACCUGGGCAGGCAGGUGCAGGUCCACGGGCGCAAGGUUGGGGUGCGGGAGAUGUGUGCGCGCAUCGAUGCGUUGACGGCGGAGGAUCUGAGGAGGGUGGCGAGGGAGGUGCUUGGCGGCCAUGUGUAUAAUAAGGGGAAUGGGACGGGGAAGCCGACUGUUGUUGUGCAGGAGGGGAUGAUGGAGGGGGUCCAGUUGCAGCCGAUUCAGUGGGAGCAGAUCCAGGAGCAGAUUGCCAUGUGGAAGUUGGGGAGGAGGGAUUAAUGUCGUCUUUUCCUUUUUUUAUGUUUUCAUAUCAACGGGGUGUUUACCGAUUUACUUUGUUCAUCCAUCUGAUGCUUUGAAUAUAUUUUUUUUUUGUAUUAGCUACGGAUGGACUUGUAUUACUGAUCUCAAUUGACUUGGGCUACAUAAACCAUCUUAGGUACCUACCUCUCUCUGCUUUUUUAUCAUUGUCGGCUUCUGCGCAGAUAGACGGUGUUGCAUUCAUUUUGCUUUUGUCCUAUUUAUAUUUAUACUUAUAUACAUAUACAUAUAUCGUUAUUCUCAUCUUUGCUUAUCUGUCUAUAUUUAUAAUUAAGACCAUUGGUGUGACUUUCCCUUCUCCCUUUCUUUUUUCUUUUUUUCUUUAAUAUGCUGAUGUUCCUCUUCUUUCGGUUACUGGUAUGCUGAUAUGCAUACUAGAUACACCGGCCUGCCCCUCCUCCUCCCCUCUAUUGCCCAUAUCUAGAAAUUGGUUUAAAAAGCAAAGUAGCGAAAAUCAAUUUGAUUUAACUAUAGGUUGG